UGGCCCAUUCACACACAGGGUGAGCAACACAGAGCGUCGACAUUAGCGCUUCAGUUCAAUCACAGAGCCGGUCAAAGUAAAGCCUGCAGGCAUCAGGACAUCAUCUGAACAGCCGGAGCAGAGAGCAGCUGCAUCAUGACUGCAAUGGAGGAGCAGACAGCGGCUGGCUGCCUGACUGAAUAACAUUAGCCGCCUUCUGAGAGGAAUAACGCUGCUACUGACUGUAAUAGCGAGGGAGCUGACACAGUGGUUUUUACAGCAGUGCUGUGAGAGCGACUGACCCCAUCAACACUUCUCCAUUAGGGUGCUACUAAAACACAGCCAUGCCACCCCCAGCUGACAUCGUCAAGGUGGCUAUUGAAUGGCCCGGCGCUAAUGCUCAGCUUAUAGAGAUGGACCAGAAAAGACCUUUGACCUCAAUAAUUCGUGAAGUAUGUGAUGGCUGGUCUCUGUCAGGCUCAGAGCAGUUUGCCCUCCGUUAUGCUGAUGGCCCCCAACUUUAUAUCACUGAGCAGAGCCGCAGUGAAAUCAAGAACGGGACCAUCCUUCGAUUGGCCAUUUCUCCUGCUCGUGCUGCUCGUCAACUCCUGGAGAGGAUCCAGUCCCAUGGUAUCGACGCUCGCCUGGAGGCUCUAAAAGAGCUAGCCAAGCUGUCCGCAGACCCGACCUUUGCCACAGAGUUCAUCAAUAUGGAGGGCAUUGGGACACUGGCUCGUCUCGUUGAGAGUGGCACCCACUUUGGUGAAAUGCUGGCCUUUACUCUCACUGCUUUCCUGGAGUUAAUGGACCAUGGCAUUGUGUCCUGGGACCUCAUCUCCCUCUCUUUCAUCAAACAGAUUGCAGGCUAUGUGAACCAGCCCAUGGUGGAUGUGUCCAUCCUGCAGCGUUCUCUGGCCAUCCUCGAGAGCAUGGUGCUCAACAGCCACAACCUUUACCACCGAGUAGCACAGGAAAUCACCGUUGGACAGCUCAUCGGGCACCUGCAAGUGUCAAACCAGGAGAUCCAGACGUAUGCCAUUGCUCUCAUCAAUGCUCUUUUCCUGAAGGCACCAGAGGACAGACGGCAGGAGGAGUAUACUAACCCGCUGGAGCAGCACCUCACUGAAAUGGCAAGCACUUUGGCCCAGAAGCACCUGCGAUCCAUCAUCCUCAAUCAUGUUAUUAGAGGAAAUCGACCAAUCAAAGCAGAAAUGGCACAUCAGCUGUAUGUGCUGCAGGUUUUGACCUUCAACCUUUUGGAGGAACGAAUGAUGACUAAAAUGGAUCCUAAUGAUCAGGCUCAGAGAGACAUCAUUUUUGAGCUGCGUAGGAUUGCCUUUGAUGGAGAGAAUGAUCCUACCGGUACAGAAAAAAGAAAGGCAAUGUACACCAAGGACUACAAGAUGCUGGGUUUCACCAACCAUGUGAAUCCGGCCAUGGAUUUUACCCUGACUCCUCCAGGGAUGCUGGCUCUGGACAACAUGCUGUACCUGGCCAAAGUUCAUCAGGAUACUUACAUCAGGAUUGUCCUGGAGAACAGCAGCCGCGAGGAUAAGCAUGAAUGUCCGUUCGGCCGAUGUGCCAUCGAGCUCACUCGGAUGCUGUGUGAGAUACUCCAGGUUGGAGAAUUGCCUAAUGAGGGCUGCAAUGACUACCACCCCAUGUUCUUCACCCAUGACCGGGCAUGGGAGGAGUUCUUCUGUGUCUGCAUCCAACUACUUAAUAAAACCUGGAAGGAGAUGAGGGCCACUGCUGAGGACUUCAAUAAGGUGAUGCAGGUGGUCCGUGAGCAGAUUACCAGGGCUCUGGCCAUGAAGCCAUCAUCUCUAGACCAGCUGAAGAAUAAACUGCGAGGCCUCAACUAUUCAGAGAUUCUGCGCCUGCGACAGUCAGAAAGAAUGAGCCAGGAUGACUUCCAGUCUCCACCUAUCAUUGAGCUGCGGGAGAGAAUUCAGCCUGAGAUCCUGGAGCUCAUCAAGCAGCAGCGACUCAACCGGCUGUGUGAGGGAAGCUGUUUCCGUAAGCUGGGGAACCGCCGGAGGCAAGAGAAGUUUUGGUUCUGCCGACUCUCUCUCAAUCACAAAGUGCUGCACUACGGAGACUUGGAUGAGUCACCUCAGGGUGAAGUGCCUUUUGAGCUACUCAGUGACAAGAUCCCUGUCUCUGAUAUCAAGUCUGUGGUGACUGGGAAGGACUGCCCUCAUAUGAAAGAGAAAAGUGCUCUGAAACAAAACAAGGAGGUGCUGGAGUUAGCCUUCUCUGUCCUCUAUGAUCCUGACGAGACACUCAACUUUGUUGCACCGAACAAGUAUGAGUAUUGCAUCUGGACUGAUGGGCUGUGUGCGCUGCUGGGUAGAGAGAUGGGUAGUGACCUGACACGCAGUGACCUAGAUACUCUCAUCAGCAUGGAGAUGAAGCUCCGCCUCCUCGACCUUGAGAACAUCACAAUCCCUGAAGCCCCGCCCCCUGUGCCGAAGGAGCCUAGCUCGUAUAACUUCACCUACAACUACAGCUGAGAUGUGUGUUAGUGUGUUUGAGUGCGUGUUGGCAAAGAAUGCGUGUGUUUGUCAUGAAUGAGUUAACCUUUCUCCAUCUUUUGAUGAAUUUAACAGCAAAUGUGUGAUCCAGAAAUCCUAUUUUAUGUUGUUUUUCUUUUGUAAUAUAACAGGAUCCUGAAUCCUGGGGAGUUUCCUCUGUCUGUGUUUGUGAUGUUGUAUGGUUUGUCAGAAGAGGAGAAGUUUGUUUACAGCUUCACACAGAGGUCAGCGGUCAGUCUAGUACAGAGCAGUAAAUUCAAUGAAUCAAGUUCAUUUUUCAGUGCGGUCUCCAGGCAACGUCUUGAUCUGGACUUGCCUUUCUUUGCUACUUAAAGGUAUAAACCUGCCAAGAAUUAUAAGAAUGAUGGUGCCGGAUGGUGAAUAUGGAUGGAAAGCUGUACAAAUCUGCAAAUUAAUCUUAACUUGAAUAUAUUUUAAUCAGAUGGUGGCUCAGUUCAGCCAUGUGUGUAGUCUCCAUGGCAACAGAAGGUGAAGCAGCUUGUAUUGCAGAUUUUAUACUGUGUUUCCUUUGAUGGACGCACAGUGAAACAUCACAUAGUCUGCAUCUCCUGCUGUCAGAGUGGAGUGAGUGGGCCGCAGAGUUUAAACUAUACUUAAGCAGGGCUUGACGUUCUGGUCCCAUCAUGGUCCAAAUGUCAAGAUAUUUGAUUAGCAGUAUUUGAUAGUGAAGAAGAAAAAAAACAUGGUACUGGAAUAUAUUUGUUUAACCUAUAAAAAGUCAAAAAAAUGUCCAUCACAGUUUCCUUGAGUCCAAGUGUAUAUUUUUAAAUUGCUUGUUUAGUCUGACCACUGUUCCAAAGCUAUUUUGAGUUUGUUUUUAUGGGAAAAAAACUGCAAAUAUUCACAUUCGAGAGGCUGGAAUUCUUAACAUUUCUUUCUAAAAGAUGUCUUAAACAAUUAGUAGAUUAUCGGAAUCGUUGCAGAUUAUUUGUCUGUCAAUUGAUUUAUCGGUAAAUUGACUAUAAAAGUGUUUAGUAGUAUGUAUCCAUCAUGUCUUUUGUUUACUCAACAUUCAUGCUGCCUCAGGUGGCUUGAAUCACUUUCGGCCUAGUACACAUUUUCAUAGCCUGUUUUAUGAUGUCUGUAAAUACAUCCCAUUGCAUCAAUGAAGUUCUUAAAUGUCUGUGAUGUGUGACGCUCUUGCCUACCAUACCGUAUGUGGCUGUAUGUGUGAGUGUGUAUCUGUGUGUGUGUGUGUGAGUUUGAGACAUAGUGUAAAUUAAUUUUAUGGAACUGUUUCUGAAUCCGACACAAUCUUCAUAUUUCCAAAGCUCUGACACGUAACACAUUCAAACAAAUGAAUGAUAUGAACCACUUUCGUUUAAUCAUAGUCACUGCAUUGCCUUAUUAGUCACUAUAGACAGUAGUUUUAUCAUUUAUAUGCAGUUUAUGAACAAUAAAUGGAUAGUUUAUAACAAAUAUACACAUAUAUAUUCCCAGGAUAAUGUAGUUGAAUGCACAUAUAAUGACAUUUUUAAGUGCUUAUUAAGGUUGUUUUUUUUGUUGUUUUUCUUUUACAAUUCCUCCUAUGAAACUAUGGUGAUAUAUGAUGUGUUAGUGAGUCAUGAGUGCCUCAUAGGAGGAGUUACAAUUGCUCGUAAAGACAGUAAUAAAGACUUAAAUAUGUCCUUAUUUUUGCUACAACUACAUUACAGUGUGUUAUAAACCAUUUGUUAGUUGUUUAUAUACUUCUUAUAAAUGAUAAAUUGGGGUUUGGAUUAGAAUAAAGUGUUUCCACAUUUGUAGAGAUUACAGUGACAAGUUACGGUGGUGUUUUUCUUUAGUACAGUAGUUUUGUUUGAAACAAACAUACCUUUACAUUCCAUGUGUGUUUGCUGGCGCUGCUGUUUGAACUUGAUUUUUAAAACUUGUUGACACACUGUGCACAGGCAAAGGGGACAAAAGAGAAGCCCUGUUGGCCUAUUUUAGUUAAAGUCCCAAAAGCAACAUUUUCAGAUGAUAGGAAGCAGUUCAAAAUCAUGCCUGUGGGCAUCGGGAAAAUCUGGUAUUGCUCAUGUAUCCAUAUGAGCGUACUGUAUUGUGUGCUUUGUAUCCAGUGAUAUCAAUUAUAGAACUGUUGCUUUGGUCCCACAGUGUUAGUUUUAAACAUUUUUGAGUAUUUUAUUCAUGUCACUUAGUGUCCUGUCAGCUAUUAAUCUAGUACUAAUCACUGCUGUCAUUUGUUAAUGCAGAAUAGAUUUAUAUUUUUGUAAAAGAUUAUACAAUCUUAUCAUUAGUGAAGAGAAUGGGUAUUGAACUAACACAGCAUUUCCACGUUGCGUCACUCUGUACAGUACAUUCAACAAAUGUCACUACUGUGGACAUUUCACACUGAAUGAUUUUUUUUUUAGUGCCACAAUCACAUUUUCAAACCACAUGCACCUCAUAUCGGCUUAGUUUUAGUUAUGACACCCACGCCCAACACCUAAUGAUGAUGUCAGUGUUAAUGUAUCUUAUACUGCUAAUGGGAAUGCUAAAAAAUCCCAUUGCUGUUGAUGCUGUUUGUGAAAAGGAAUAUAUUUGAAAUGUUUUCUGUUUGUUUUUUUAACUGCUGUUGGAGGUUUUAACUGCUUAAAAGUUUGUUUGUUUUUUAAAAUUCCCAUAAACCCUGAAGCUGCUCUCAGAAAAUUAAAAUUAACUGCAAAACAUCACAGUGAGUAAAGGGUUGUUGCAUUGGAUGUACUAACAGUUUGACUUGAAGUUUUUGAAUCUGGUACUCUUUCACAUGACUUGCUAAACUAUUUAUUUACACUUGCUAGCUAUAGUUAAGAAUGACAUGUUGUUAGUUGAGAAGUAACAACAAAAAAAAACUAUUGUAUGUAUAUACAGUAUUGUGUUGCCUUAUUGAAGAAAACAUAUUAUGUUUUGUGUGAAUAAAUACAAAGUCUAACUACU